AUGAUUCUGUUCAUUAGUAGACUGUAUGCACAGAUAACGCUCAUCGAUGAUCUAGGUCUCAACCAACAGCAACUUAGCAGCAUGGAGAAAGUCAUGAAAGAGAAGUUACAUGAUAAUGUAAAAAUUCUUCCGAAACCAUCAAGUUUGCCUAUGGCGACCCAAGGAAACCCAAACACGACUCCACCGACACCUUCCUCGAGCAUUCUUCCUAUGAUCAAGUUACCAGAGAGGCCACCUGGUCAAGAAUCAAAAUUCAUGCCUACACCUGAGAAUUCCAAUUUCAAGUCAAAUGAACAGGGAUCGGUCUUCCAUUUCAACAAACCACGUAAUAGCAGUAGGAAACCAGCUACUAAACACAAACCAGACGAAAAGAAGAAAAACAAGAAGAAACCAAAAAAGAAGGAAGAAUCAAGCAGUAAUAGUUCUUCUUCAGAGAUGAAACCACCAUCGUGGAAGACGAAGAAGCUUGGAUCAAACCCAAAGUUCCAGGUUCCAUCAAAGAAUGCAAAACGUAAUGUUAUUAAUCAGGCUAGAGAAAAAGCCAAUUUCCUAAAAGAUAUUUUCGCAAAGGAACAUAAUGAGAAGGCCAGAGAUGCUGAAGUAGCACGAGCAAACUAUCUGAAUGUGAAGUUACAUGAGAGUUUAUUUCAGAACAAGGAACUAUCAGGAGACUUGAGACGGCUUAAGAAGGCUGAACGAGACCUAGAACAGAAAAGUACAAAAUAUCACACAAUUAUGGAGAACGUAGAUAUGAUAAUAUCAAAAUUGAAUAAUGAGAAGGAUAUGGUAGAUCAGAAUGGAGAAGGUAAUGGUGAUACAAUCAACGAUAUCAGAUCUAAGAUAAGAAUGACACAGAAUGAGAUAGCUGAUUUGUAUAAGAAGCUGAAUAGGCAGAAAGAUGCAUUACAGAAUUAUUUUGAUCAGGUUGAAAUGCUGACUAAGAGAACAUCUGGAUACAGUGAAAGGGAAUUAGAGAUAGAAAACAAGAAAGAAGCGAAUAUGAAGAAGUAUCAGGAAUUUGAGAAAAUGGCGAACAGAACUGAGAAGAAUCUUGCAGCAAUCCGAAACAAAAUACGAGAAUUGGAAGAAGAUCUCAAAAAAGAGAAGAAUCGUCAAACACAAUUAGAAAUACAAAAAAGUGCACCUGAGGAUGACAAACACCUACCAUUAUUCCUAAACGCAUUCUAA